AUGAGCUACCUACUGCUGCACAGCCGUCGGCUUUGGUUGCCGCUAGUGCUCUACGCCUGCUACUACUCACUGUCGGCGUACCUCAAUCCAGUGCAGGCGGGUCUGUACGCGACGGUUAGUGUCGUGGCACAGCGACUAAGUGUGCAGGGCCGCCGGAACAAGGUUCACAAGGACAUGACCGGCUACACGUGCGUGGUGACAGGCGGCACAAGCGGCAUCGGUCUCUACACGGCGAUGCAGCUGCUGGACAUGGGAGCUCACGUGAUAAUCGCUGCGCCGUCGGGACAGGAAAAGGCGACAAGGGCCUUUUUUCAGCAACAGUGCCGUUCAACUCCGGUUGAAACCGCAUCAGACGCGUCGUCGCCAUCGUCCACCUCUUCCCUUGCUUCUCCUGGAUGCGAGCCUCUCGCGAAGCGCGUCACCUUCAUCGAUAUGGACUACAUGGACCAGCUAGAGGUGGUGGCGGCUGCCGCGCGCAUCAAGGCCCUUGCUCACGACCGCAUCGACCUCCUCGUGAACUGCGCGGGUGUGUGGAAGGAGGAGCCCACCGUGACGAAGCAAAAGAUCGAGGAGCACAUCGGCGUCAACUUCCUCGGGCCGUUCCACUUAACCGAGGCGCUGCUCCCGUCCCUGCGCAAGUCGCCGCAUCGGUGCGGUCGCGUCGUGUAUGUCACGUGCGCCUCGCACAACGGCGUGUCCAGGGGGAAUGUGGUGCGGGAUCGCAUGAUGCUGCUGCCGAAGCCGAACGAGUCGCAGAUCACCGCGCGAUGCUACAGCGCGUCGAAGCUCGGCAACAUUUACCACGCCCAGUCAAUUGCGAACCGCCGCUAUGAAGGCAUCCCGCUGAACCGCCAGAGCGAUCUGCACCCCGUCGAUGUAUGCUGCGCUGACCCGGGCUUCUGCUUCACCUCACUGCAGCAGGCGAACUCGGACCCAUUCCUUGGCAACAGCACCAUCGCUCGCACGCUGAGGUCUCUGUGGAUAAAGGAUGCGUACGAUGGAAGCCAAACCGUCUUGAACUGCUGCGUGCGCGACACAGUCGAGAAUGGCGGCUACUACGCCGAGUGCACGCUGAUGCCAAGCGGACUCAGCAAGCGCGCGCAAGACCCAAAGAGCCGCGAUGAUGUAGUGCACUGGGCAAUGGCAAAGACGAUCGCCAAGUACUACACCGUACGGCCAGAGUAG